CCAAACCCAACAAACACCACUCCUUCCCCGCCUCUCCUAGGCUACCUAGCUUCCACGUGAACCUAUCCCACACGUCACCUCCGGCGGCAGGGAAAAACCAGAUGGAGGCGCCGCUGCUGAAUGCCGGAGGUGUCCAGGACUACGAGCCGGUGACAACUUUCAAGGAGGCUCGGGAGGUGGCGUGGAAGGAAACAGUGAAGCUAUGGAGGAUUGGUGGGCCUAUAGCCUUAACCAUAAUCUGCAACUUCGGCACCAACUCGGUGUCCACCAUGUUCGUCGGCCAUAUCGGAAACCUUGAGCUCUCCGCCGUCGCUAUCUCUCUCUCCGUCAUCAGCACCUUCUCUUUUGGCUUCCUGCUUGGUAUGGGAAGUGCACUAGAGACAUUAUGUGGUCAAGCAUUUGGAGCUGGACGUGUUAACAUGCUUGGUAUCUACAUGCAAAGGUCAUGGAUCAUUCUAUUGACAACCUGCAUUAUCCUCACGCCACUCUACUGCUUCUCUUCCCCAAUCUUAAAGCUUCUUGGCCAAGAUGAUGAUGUAUCCGACCUCGCAGGGACAUUUACCGUGUAUGUGAUCCCUCAGCUAUUCUCACUUGCCAUCAAUUUCCCUUGCCAAAAAUUCCUGCAGGCGCAAAGCAAAGUCGUAGUUCUUGCUUGGAUCGGAUUCAUAGCCCUAAUGAUUCACUGUGGACUUCUUUACCUCUUCAUUUAUGUGUUCGAUUGGGGGAUAUAUGGUGCAGCUAUAGCUUUUGACAUAACAGGAUGGGAAAUUGUGAUUGCUCAACUUGUUUAUAUAAUUGGUUGGUGUGACGAAGGGUGGAGCGGCUUUUCAUGGUUGGCAUUCAAAGACAUUUGGGCCUUUGUAAAGCUUUCGCUUGAAUCGGCUGUCAUGCUCUGCCUUGAGAUUUGGUACAUGAUGAGUUUGAUCAUUCUUACUGGUCAUCUGGACAAUGCUAUCAUCGCUCUUGAUUCGCUUUCUGUUUGCAUGAAUGUCAAUGGAUGGGAAGCUAUGUUGUUCAUUGGAAUCAAUGCUGCUAUUAGUGUUCGAGUUUCUAAUGAACUAGGAUUGGGGCGUCCAAGAGCAGCUAAAUACUCAGUCUAUGUGACAGUGGCUCAAUCUCUACUAAUUGGAAUUUUAUGCAUGGUUGUCAUCUUGAUUGCCAAAAACUACUUCUCUGUCCUCUUCACAAGCAAUGCCGAAUUGCAAGCAGCCAUUGCAAAGUUAGCAUGGCUUCUUGGAAUCACUAUGGUUCUCAACAGUGUCCAGCCUGUGAUUUCAGGUGUUGCUAUCGGAGGUGGAUGGCAAGGAGUUGUGGCUUAUAUUAACUUGGGUUGUUACUACGUUUUUGGGCUCCCUUUGGGAUUCCUUCUUGGUUAUACACUAGGCUGGGGAGUGACAGGAAUUUGGGGAGGCAUGAUAUUUGGAACAGCUCUUCAAACCUUGCUGCUCAUUAUAAUACUUUACAGAACCAACUGGAACAAGGAGGUAGAAGAAAGUUCAGACCGGAUGAAGAAAUGGGGAGGACAAGACAUUAAAAGUGACACAGCUGCUGAUAGUAUAAUUUGAACUUCCUCUUGAUUGUUCUACUCAAGCUAAAGAGAAAUUUAUGUUAAGUUAGAAAAGUGGGGCUAGCCUUACAAUUUUUGAGCUUUUUACCAUUGAGAAUUGAAACCAACAUGGUUAAUUUGUUCGGAGA